GCUGGGCCUCGCAGCAUGGCCGCCCCAACCAAGCGCGCGCGGUUAAGUGGUGGCUCGCCCCUCGCCGCGUCCUGUCGGGCCCCAAGGGUUGCCUGCGCGCCCCUGCAGCUCCCGGGGCCCGGGCCGGAGGGCAACGCGGUAGCCGGCUUCCUGCGCUGGUGCGCGGGAGUGGGGCUGCAGCUGAGUCCCAAGGUGGCUGUGAGCCGACAGGGCACGGUGGCCGGCUAUGGCAUGGUGGCGCGGGAGAACGUGCAGCCCGGGGAGCUGCUGUUCGCAGUGCCGCGGUCCGUGCUUCUGUCUCCCCACACCUGCUCCAUCAGCGACCUGCUGGAACGAGAGCGAGGCGCGCUGCAGAGUCUGUCGGGGUGGGUGCCGCUGCUGCUGGCGCUGCUCCACGAGCUGCAGGCUCCAGCCUCACCCUGGAGCCCUUACAUCGCGCUCUGGCCCGAGCUGGGGCGUUUGGAGCAUCCCAUGUUUUGGCCAGAGGAGGAGCGACUGCGCCUCCUAAAGGGUACAGGUGUCCCGGAGGCCGUGGAGAAGGAUUUGGCGAACAUCCGCAGCGAAUACCAUUCCAUCGUCUUGCCCUUCAUGGAGGCUCACUCGGAUCUCUUCAGUCCCACCGUUCGCUCCUUGGAACUCUACUGCCAGCUUGUGGCUCUUGUGAUGGCCUAUAGCUUUCAAGAACCGCUGGAGGAAGAUGAUGAUGAAGAAAAGGAACCCAACUCCCCCUUGAUGGUGCCUGCGGCAGACAUACUAAACCACAUAGCCAAUCAUAAUGCCAAUCUAGAGUACUCUGCAGAUUAUCUCCGGAUGGUAGCCACUCAGCCCAUUCCUAAAGGCCAUGAAAUCUUCAACACGUAUGGGCAAAUGGCUAACUGGCAACUGAUUCAUAUGUAUGGUUUUGCUGAGGCUUAUCCUGACAACACAAAUGACACAGCUGACAUUCAGAUGGUGACAGUCCGAGACGCUGCACUGCAGGGAACAAAGGUUGAAACUGAAAGGCUGCUCUUGUGUGAACGCUGGGACUUCUUGUGCAAACUGGAGAUGGUAGGGGAAGAGGGCGCCUUUGUGAUUGGUCAUGAGGAGGUGCUGACUGAAGAGGAGCUAGUCACCACACUCAAGGUACUGUGCAUGCCUUCUGAGGAGUUUAGAGACUACCAAAAGCGGGCUGGACAGGGGGAGAAAGAAAGGGAAGAGGACAGCCUGGCAAUUGUAAAUAUCCCCAAGCUCCAAGCGUCUUGGAGACGGCUUCUUCGAGACAGCGUUCUGUUGACCCUACAGACCUACGCCACAGACUUAAAAACUGAGCAAGAUCUACUCAGUAAUAAGGAGGUCUAUGCUGAGCUCAGCUGGCGGGAACAGCAAGCCUUACAGGUCCGCUAUGGUCAGAAGAUGAUCUUACAUCGGAUAUUGGAACUCACAAGCUGUUAGGUUUCCUCAACGACCAGCAGUGAGAGCUUUCUAAGCUAAUGUUUUGUUGGGAAUUUGGGGCUUUUGCUGUUCAUUAGGCAGCCAGGCUCAAAGGAAAAGCAUAAAGGCAAGCUUGGAUCCAUCCAAGGCCAGAGCUACAUGAGGACUGAAACCAGCACACUUGGGGAUCACUGUCAGUUGUUAAGAACAGUCUAUUUUCACUAUUGCCAUCAGAUUUUAAGUAGGAUCUAAUAAAUAUUGUGGACUGAACUCAACUUUGAGAAGUUCAACCUUUCUGAAGCCUAUUUCCUGUAGAGAUCUCAAGCAGGUGGCUCACUCAC